AGUCGGUUGAUAACGUGAUAAGGCGUGACAGUUGACAGGCCGUGUGCGUUUUAUAACCAGCUAGGAGGUUAUGCACAAUACAUCUUUGAUCUGCUUGAAAAUAUGAAAAGAUAUUUAAUCAAUUUCUCAUAUAUCGGCACAAGAUUUAGGGGUGUGCAGAAACAAUUCAAUAAAGGCGUGCCAGUGUUCGAAUUCGAGACAGUGCAGAGCGUGUUAGACAGUGCAUUUUUAAAAAUUAUUAACAAACCUUUGAACACGCCGAAGAUUUACGUUGCGAGCAGGACAGACCAGGGAGUGCAUGCACUCCACGCUGCUGCACAUGUUGAUUUAGAGUUUGUACGUCCAAACACGACUGAAGAGAUAAUCUCUAACCUUAAUUAUUAUCUAACAAAAAAAGAUUUUGAUAUUAGAAUUCUGUCUUUGAAAGAAGUUCCAGAUGAGUUUCACGCAAGGUAUUCAGCAGUGAGAAAGAAAUAUUUGUACAGAUUCGCUGUUGUCAAACCGGAAAGUCUAUCAAUCAUUUCAGAUAAAAAACAUUGUCUUCCUUGGCCUAUACUUGAAAAAGACAGAUGCUUAUUUAUUAAUACACUAAAUAUUGACAUUGAAAAACUGAAAGAGGCCUCAAAGCUAUUCGUUGGCACCCAUAAUUUUACAACUUUUAUGCAUAAGGCUUUGCAGCACCCAGAUGUCGAUCCUGUGAAAAAUAUCGAGUCGAUCGAACUGUUACCUGGAAGAACACAAGUGGACAGCUCUGAAGUUAAACAUUUUGAUUUCUGGCAGUUGCACUUUACUGGAAAAUCAUUUUUAUACAAGCAGGUACGACGAAUGGUUUCUAUAUUAAUAGCAGUUGGAAGUGGAAGAAUGAAUGCAGCAGAAAUAGAGUUUAUGUUGACAAAUCCUCACCAGUCCUCAUGGAAUGGAAAAGUCUGUGUAGUCCCCGGAUUUGGUCUUUAUCUCCAAAAUAUUGAAUACAAUGAAAGUGAUCUUGUAAAGAAAGAAUGAGUUUUCUAGAAGAUUUGAAAGUAAAACGGAAUAAGUUAUACCAUACAAAAACCAAAGUGACGACUAUAACUGGUGAUACUUACAUGGAGGAGACAUCACAGGGAGUUAGCAGGAUGGAAAAGACUUCUAACAAUUCGCCGGGAUAUGUCGUAGAUGUAAAACCAGAUUUACAAAUUGCUCAUGUGUUUCCCUGGCUAUGCAUGGGAUCCCAGGAUGUCGCUCAUGAUUGGGUGUUGCUCAAGGAAAAUAAAAUAACACACGUUCUCAGCCUAGGGAUUGAACCUCAACAUUUUCCAAACAUAGUGUACAAGUUUGUCCAGCUUCUUGAUUUGCCCGAAGCGAAUCUGUUAAGGCACCUGGAUACCUGUUUUGACCAGAUAGAAGCGGCGAAUGAAGAAGGAGGGAGAAUAUAUGUCCACUGCAAUGCCGGCGUCUCUCGAAGUGCAUCUGUUGUUA